UGAUCACGUACAGUUUCCUUUAUGUAUUGGCAAUCUUCCUUUCAGGUGACAUCUCUCCGAUUACCGGUUGAAAAGAGUAUCCACUGAAUUGCUAGGAGAACUUAAGAUGGCAACUACUGAAAAAGCCAAUGGUCCUGCUCCCGGAAUUUCAACAAAAGUCCUGGCAGUAGCACAUCCCUUGACAGAAGAACCAUCAGAUAUUGCUGCCAAUAUCAAUUAUCAUGCACAAUACAGCCCUCAUUUUUCUCUUUUCAAGUUUGAUCCAGAACAAGCAUACUAUGCAACAGCAGAGAGUGUUCGUGAUCGUCUCAUACAACAAUGGAAUGAAACCUACUUUCAUUUUCACAAAGUUGAUCCAAAACAAACAUACUAUCUGUCAAUGGAGUAUCUUCAAGGCCGUGCUCUAACCAAUGCAAUUGGGAAUUUGGACAUUCAAGAUGCAUAUGCUGAUGCUUUGAUUAUGUUGGGACAUGAACUCGAGAACAUUACUGAACAGGAGAAAGAUGCAGCCCUUGGCAAUGGUGGUCUAGGGAGGCUCGCAUCAUGCUUUCUGGACUCCAUGGCUACACUAAAUUUGCCUGCAUGGGGAUAUGGUUUACGAUACAGAUAUGGACUGUUCAAGCAGAGGAUUACCAAGGAGGGCCAAGAAGAAACUGCAGAGGAUUGGCUCGAGAAGUUCAGUCCAUGGGAAAUUGUGAGGCAUGACAUCAUAUAUCCUAUCAAGUUUUUUGGUCAUGUGGAGGUCUCUCCUACUGGAUCUCGAAAGUUGGUUGGGGGAGAGGUUAUUCAAGCUCUCGCUUAUGAUGUGCCCAUUCCAGGAUACAAAACCAAGAACACCAUUAGUCUUCGUCUAUGGGAAGCAAAAGCUGGGGCUGAAGAUUUCAAUCUAUUCCAAUUUAACGAUGGACAAUAUGAGUCUGCUGCUCAACUUCAUUCUACAGCUCAGCAGAUUUGUGCAGUUCUAUAUCCUGGAGAUGCUACAGAAAAUGGAAAGCUUUUACGAUUAAAGCAACAAUUUUUCCUCUGCAGUGCUUCACUUCAGGACAUCAUUUUUCGAUUUAAGGAGAGGAGAGCUGAAAAAGGCUCAUGGCAGUGGUCUGAGUUUCCUAGCAAGGUUGCAGUACAACUGAAUGAUACACAUCCAACUCUAGCAAUUCCAGAAUUGAUGCGGCUACUAAUGGAUGAUGAAGGGCUUGGAUGGGAUGAAGCUUGGGACAUAACAACUAGGACUAUUGCUUAUACCAAUCACACGGUGCUUCCUGAAGCACUAGAGAAAUGGUCACAGUCUGUAAUGUGGAAGCUUCUCCCUCGCCACAUGGAGAUCAUAGAAGAAAUAGAUAAGCGAUUCAUGGCCAUGGUACGUUCCACCCAACCAGAUCUUGAGAGUAAGCUCAAUAGCUUGUGCAUCUUGGACAAUAAUCCCCAGAAGCCAGUUGUGCGGAUGGCAAAUUUAUGUGUGGUAUCCUCACACACGGUAAAUGGAGUGGCAGAGUUACAUAGUCAGAUCUUAAAAUCAGAAUUGUUUGUAGACUAUGUUUCUAUAUGGCCGGCCAAGUUUCAGAAUAAAACCAAUGGUGUCACUCCUCGCCGAUGGCUCCGUUUUUGCAGCCCUGAAUUGAGUAAUAUAAUCACAAAAUGGUUAAAAACUGACGAAUGGGCUACCAAUCUUGACCUUCUUUCAGAGCUUCGCCAGUUUGCUGACAAUGAGGAGUUGCAUGCUGAGUGGGCAACUGCCAAGAUGGCUAACAAACAGCGUCUGGCACAGUAUGUUUUGCAAGUGACAGGUGUGAGCAUUGACCCGAACAGCCUUUUCGACAUACAAGUUAAGCGCAUCCACGAAUAUAAGAGACAGUUGAUGAACAUUCUGGGUGCAAUUUACAGAUACAAGAAAUUAAAGGAGAUGAGCCCUGAAGAAAGGAAGAAAACAACUCCACGCACUAUCAUGAUUGGGGGCAAAGCAUUUGCAACAUAUACAAAUGCCAAAACAAUUGUGAAGCUGGUGAAUGAUGUCGGUGAUGUUGUCAACACUGAUCCUGAGGUCAAUGACUAUUUGAAGGUUGUUUUCAUUCCAAAUUACAAUGUAUCUGUGGCAGAAUUGCUGAUUCCAGGAAGUGAGCUGUCACAGCACAUCAGCACAGCGGGCAUGGAGGCAAGUGGCACGAGCAACAUGAAAUUCGCCCUCAAUGGUUGCCUCAUAAUUGGAACACUGGAUGGGGCCAAUGUGGAAAUCAGAGAAGAAAUCGGGAAAGAAAAUUUCUUCCUUUUUGGUGCCGAAGCAGACGAAGUCCCCAGGCUACGCAAAGAGCGAGAAAAUGGACUGUUUAAGCCAGAUCCACGGUUUGAAGAGGCAAAGAAAUUUGUUAGGAGUGGUGCAUUUGGAAGCUAUGACUAUAACCCACUCCUUGAGUCUUUGGAAGGUAACAGUGGGUAUGGGCGUGGUGAUUAUUUUCUCGUUGGUCACGACUUCCCAAGCUAUAUGGAAGCUCAGGAAAAGGUGGAUGAAGCUUACAAGUAAGGAAAACAUAAACCUUUCUUUUCU